ACAAACAUCAAACUCUCUCUCUCUCUCUCAGAUUACUCUCAACUUGAUUACUUGGGAGGAACAAAAAGGAAUAAUAUAGAGAGAAAUAGUACUGUGUGACAGAGAGAGAGAGAGAGAGAUUACCAGUGGGAUGAAGAAAGGGUCUCCUCCCUUUUGGUUGUUUAGCAUUGUAGACUUCCUAAAAAAGCUCAGUUAGACUCUCUCAGAGGUAGAGAGAGAGAGAGAGAGAGAGGGUUUAUUUGUGGAAGUGAAACAGGAAAAAAGACAAGAGAGAGAGAGAGAGAGAGAGAGAGAUGGUGGGCUCAGGAGGAUCAGAUAGGAGCAAAGAAGCUGUUGGGAUGAUGGCCCUUCAUGAGGCCCUCAGAAGCGUCUGUCUCAACUCAGACUGGACUUACUCUGUUUUCUGGACAAUUCGCCCUCGCCCGAGAGUUAGAGGAGGUAAUGGCUGCAAAGUUGGAGACGACAAUGGUAGCUUGAUGUUGAUGUGGGAAGAUGGGUUUUGCAGAGGAAGAGUUGCAGAUUGCCUGGAAGAAAUUGAGGGGGAGGAUCCUGUCAGGAAAGCCUUCUGCAAAAUGUCCAUCCAGUUGUAUAAUUACGGAGAAGGGUUGAUGGGAAAGGUUGCUUCUGAUAAGUGUCAUAAAUGGGUGUUCAAAGAGCCUACUGAAAGUGAACCAAACAUCUCCAAUUACUGGCAGAGUUCUUUUGAUGCUCUUCCCACUGAAUGGACUGAGCAGUUUGAGUUAGGCAUUCAGACCAUAGCUGUAAUUCAAGCUGGCCAUGGCCUUCUACAACUUGGUUCCUGCAAGAUUAUACCCGAGGACCUCCACUUUGUGCUGAGAAUGAGACACACUUUCGAAUCACUUGGCUACCAAUCUGGUUUCUACUUAUCCCAGCUAUUCUCCUCAACCAGAAACUCUGCUUCCCCUUCUUCCUCUGUUUCUUUGAAGCUUCCCCACAUUCCAACUCGCACUCCACCGCCCCUCUUCAAUUGGGGCCCGAGGCCACUUCCCUCUCCAUCUCCCACUUUUCAAAACUCCGCAACCCACAUGUUUCUCCAUCCUCAUUCAUCUGAAUCCCGCAUGGAAGACAUGAUUGGAGACCGCGAAAACGACAUCAAAUGGCCUAAUGGGUUGUCUUUCUUCAAUGCCCUAACCAGGCGUAGUGAUGACCCUAAGCUUUUGUUCACCCCAGACCAGAAUGACAAUUGCCACCCGCCAAAUCCAAAUUCAGAUGCUUUGAAUAUGCAUCAUACGAAUCCCAAUGAGUUCUUGAGCUUGGAUAGCCACAACCCAGAAAGUGCGCAAAAGAUGGAAAACAAGUUCAAGAGGAGCUUCACCUUACCAGCAAGAAUGGCCUCGUCGAAUUCACUUGAUCAUCAUCACCAUCCGCAUAAUAAUCCAAUGGAGUACAAAAGUUCUGGAGAGGGAAUGUACUCUGAUGUCAUGGAGACCUUCUUAGAAUGAUUUCAAGAGGUUUGUUUUGGAGAAUAAAGGGUUGAUAUGAUAAGUUGUAUCUAGCAAAUGCUUUUGCUUUGUUUUGCUUUGCUGCUCAAUCUUGUGUUAGUUUGAUGCUAUCUUUCAUCUAGUGUUUCUUUGUUCCAUUUAUUGAAACAUCUUUUAUUUUUGGAUAAUUUGUUGUAGUAGACUUGUAGUUUAUGCAAAAUAUGAAAGUGUUUCUCAAAAGUAUGUUGCAAUAUUGUUUAAAUUGAAGAGGAUAUUGUGAGAGCAUGAUGGUUGAGCUUAAGGCCAACCAAACCCAACCCUAA